CACAUCUUUUUUUCUCAUUCGCUCAAUACCCGUUGUCAAUACCUCUCAAUUGUCUCUUAGGUUAGGACGUUCAAUUUAUAUGAUUGGAAAUUUGUUUUAUUUUCAUUUUUUUUUGGAAUUAAAUCCUUAACUCAAUUCGGGGCAAGCGGGAGGUGAGAAUAGUUCGGUGCGUGCGAAAUUUAUGACGAGCGCUCCAACUCAGAAACUCACUUUUUUCAAUUCUUUUCUCUUCUGUCUAUUGCUUUUUUGGGUUUUGAACAGUGAAACUCGGUAUCGGGAUAUAAAGCAUUUUGCAUACCGCAGUUAUGUGCUUCCAUUGUCGUAAUAAAAUUGUUUUAUGGUGAUAAUAUGUCAAAACCAAACAUAAGGAAAAUAACAGUUGACCCUACGAAAUGUAACACGGACUCACGAAGGCCAAGUGUGUUUGAAAGAUUGGGUACUAAACCAGCUGCAUCUACAGUCGUACCGAGUACAAACGAUUAUUGUAGAAACUGGGCGUUGAACGGCAAUUGUUCCUACGGCAAAACUUGCAAAUAUGCAAACACGCACACUCUCAUAAGUCCUUCCAAACGAGUGAAAAAGGAUAAUCCAAAUGCCAAUGCCGCAGGGCCAAAAGAGGAUCCUUCAAAGAGAAUUACGUCGAAAAUAGUAAAGAAAACAGCGACGUCUCAUAGUCCUGAUUUUAAUUUGGAAGAGUGGAAUCAGACGGAUCUCGAGUACGAGGACGAAAAGGUUUUAGAGAGAAGAAGACAACUGUUGCAGAGAGAAUUGGAAAUACAAAUGAAGAAAGACAAAGAAGUGCACAGCAAGGACAAAACAACAAAACAGAAGAAAAAAGCGAUGAGCUCUUCAUCGAGUUCGCACACUUCGAGCUCGUCGAGCAGCAGCAGUAGUUCGAGUAGCGAUGACUCUUCGUCCAGUAGUUCGACAGGCUCAGAUUCUCGAAGGAAAGUUAAAAAGAUCAAAUCCAAGAGACAUCACAGCGCUGCGUCUUCGGACUACGACGAGGACAGAGAGAGAAAGAAGAAACUCAAGUUGAAACGUUUGGCUGGAAAAAAUGACAAGGUGCUAACGAAGAAGAAACGAAAAAUCGACAUAAUCAGUAAGAAAGAGGUGGCAACAAAAACAUUGAAAAAAUCAAUGAGUUCAGCAGCGCCGGCAAUUCGUAAACACAGUGUUGUAGCGAGUACGAGAACAAAAUCACCUUUGCCUUCGGUCUCUCAUGGUGGGACGAGCAAAUCGGGCAAAGAGAGAACUCGAGGUAGCGAAUCGCCUUCGAAAACGAAAAUUCGGGAAUCGGAAAAAGAUCGACAUUACAAAAAACAGAUUCGGGACGGCGAUGAGCCGAUUCUGAAAGAAGUUUUGAAGAACAAGGCUAGCGAAAAAGCAAAGGAAUUGGACAAGGCUCCGGGCGGUAGUAAAAACCGGGGAAUCGAGGACAAGAGUAAAAUCGAUGAGAGAGCAAAAUUACGAGUUAAAGAGAAGGAAAGAAGAUCACGAACUCCACCGAUCGAUAGAACGAAGCAUCAAUUGCCGAAGGACAUCGUCGCCUCGUCGAAAACGAAUCGUCGAAGUCGUACGCCGGAGAAGCCCCCGAGAACGAAGCGGGAUUUAACGCCACCUCGACAUCAAGAAAAGCUAACGUCGAGCCGAGCUGUGCGGGAAAUUGAGAAAAAAGAACGAGAGAUUCACAAACCCGAUCGGAGUAAGGACCGAGAGGACGGACGAAAAAACGAGACGAACAAAUCGCGAUCGAUCAGCAAUCAGGAUGAGAUUCAACAUCGAAAAAAUAUUUCACGAGAUUUGGAAGACAAGAGUUAUGCCAACGAGAGAACCAGGCGAGGAGGGAGUAAAGAGCGACGACUGGAUAAAGAUCAUGGAAUCCGAGACGAUCGUGGGCACUCGAGAAUAACUCGUGAAGGUAGAGACGCACCGCGCGACAAAGACCGAGACGAGAUACCCGAGCGUUUCCGCGAUCGACAGCGGGACCGAGAACGAGACAAGGAAAUCGGUAGCAAAUUGCGCGAGCGUGAUUUGCCACCAAUGAUGGGAUCGUCCUCGACGUCCGGGGGAAUUUCGUCGACGACGACGCCACCGCAAGGCUUGAGUUCUCGUUACAGUCGAGACAAGGAGCGUUUGAAAGAGGCGUCAAACAUGAUUGAUAGAAAUAAUCCAAGAGAUCGUCGGGGUGAACGUGAGCGCGAACCGCGAGGUUCUUCCGACGCGAAGCCAAUGGAACGCGACAGAAGUUCUCUGCGGGCUUUCGACGCUCGUUACGACAGAUCGGUCGACAAGGAAAUGUCUUCGAGCCACAAAAUUACCGAUCGCGAUAGAAUCGAACGUUUUCCACCCCGAGAACGUUCUCUCGAUAGAUUGCCCGAAAAAAGCGUAGCAUCGAUCGUUCCCCGUGAUCAUCUUCUCGAGCGAGAUCCAAUUUACGAGCGAGAUCCAAUUUACGAGCGAGAUCGACACGCACGAAGAUUUAAUCCACGUUUCGAUCGACAUCCCGUCGUCGAGCACGAGAGAAAAGAGACGUCGCAUAUUCCACCGAUGAAAAUUGACCGCAUGGCGGAUCGCCGAGAUGCCAGUCCACCGCCGCGCCGCAGUAUCGAGCUCGAGCGAAAUUUCGAUCGCGGUUACGGUCGCGUGCCGCACGAGCAUUGGGAGGAGCACGAAGAAACGCAGCAAUCUCAUUUGGACUAUCGAGACCAACAUCAUCAUCACCAUCAUGCCCACGAGGACGAGAGACGAAAGCCCAUCGACGCGCGGCGUUACAACAGCCCGUUUGGAGAAAGGCGUGGACGAGACGAGCGCGGCCCUCCAUCGAGAUACGCGGUGCAAUCGGAACGCUCGUUCGACGAUCAUCAUCACCAUCCGAUAUACGCGGGUGAAAAAAUUCGCGGUCCUCCGAUGAGAGACGAGAGCAGUAAUGACAAUUGGGAAAUGCAUCACGAAGUCGAACCCCAACACAGUAGUCGAGAGAGAAAUUAUCCUCCGGCUGAUUGGGAAGAACGGGAAUGGCGGGCGCGCACUCAUUGGGAUCGUGAAAGCGUCCCUAGGUCCGAGGUCCACGAGGAAGACUGGACAGCCCAGAGAUACGACAGUCCCAUCGCCGAGUGGAAAAUCAAUGAUAAUCCACGAAAGUGGGAAAACCCACAGCUCCAUCUUAGAGCACAAUUUAGAAACGAUAGGAUCAAAGAUAUGGAAAUUGGGGAGCCACCCCAUGCUAAACGCAGACCGUUUAAUACUCCGGAAUUAAGGGACGACUGUUCGACUCAAGGUUCGAAGCAGAGUUCCUUGCACGGAAGUAUGAAAGAAGAGCCAAUUAACAAAAAGUUGAUGGAACUUGCGGAGGGGCGACCUCGAAGAAGUCGCGAAAAAUCAGCCGACAGUUUCCAGAAAAAAGUCAUACAUCAACAGCUGCAUCAUCAUCAACAACACCAGCAACAUUUGCAACAUCAACAUCAGCAGCGUCAGGAACUGCAGCAGCAGCAGCAGCAACAACAACAACAACAACAGCAACAACAACAACAGCAACAACAACAACAACAGCAACAACAACAACAAAAGCAACAACAACAAGAGCAACAACAAAAGCAACAACAACAGGAGCAACAACAAAAGCAACAACAAGAACAGCAGCAGAAGCAAGAACAGGAACAGCAGCAGCAACAAGUCCAACAACAACAGACUACACAAAAAAAAGAAAAAGUAGAUUUAGCUGCCACCGUUGAGGCCACAGAAACUCCUGUCGUUCCCGAAGCCAAACGACCAUGCUUGGACGAAUCCUUGCAGAGCCUUCACACCGAGAGCGAUCUCAGUGACAUAAGCGACGAUCCUGACGAUAUUCUUAACAUGGAGGACGAGGAAAUUGAAGAGGACAAAGACACGGCGAAGAAAUCGAAUGAAACGGAAAAAGAUACUCAUGGACCAUCCUCUGAACGUCAAGAAGCAGCACAGGUCUCCACUCCUGUGGGAACCUCAGAGGAAUUGCCGUUCACAAAAGACAAGGAAGAUCACGAAGGAAAUAUGGAAGACGAAAAUAUGGAAACGAUGGACUUUGAAGAGAUUUCUGAUGGUGAACUCGAAGAAGACAUAAAAACAAGUGGCAAAGGAUUGGGCGAUGCUUUGGGAGUAGAUUGGGAAAGUCUCGUUAAAGAGACACAACCGAGACGUGCUAUUGCAUCUAGUCAGGACACAGCCCAGCGACGGUGGCAGUGCAAAGCAAUUUUCCAGAGAAUUGGAAUAUCCGCUAAAUACGCAGGUUCCGAAUUACCGGCGAAACUAGCGAAAAAAUACAGCGAGGAUGGCGAGAGUUCUGGCCAGUUCUUCCUCAGUGACAUUGCAAUGAUUCACUCCGCUCUCGUUCGUCAAAAAUUGAUGCAACAAUCGAGCGAGGAGGUUUUUUCGGCUGAUGACACCCUGUACAGAAUCAACGACCCUGAAAAAUACGAAAUAGAAGACCCAGCGGACUUGGAACCCUUCACCAGUUUGUACGAGGAAGCGAAAAGCCUCGCGCAACUAGCUACUUGAAAAAAGUCCAUGUACAUGUAACGAGUCUUCCUCGUUAAUUUAAGGUGAGGUGAAACGUCGUAAACGAUAAAAAAAAAAAAACACCGUUUUCCUCUGUAUCUCUCGCUCUCUUUCUCUCUCUCUCAGUCACCACUACAACUUAAUUUAAUUAAUGUUGAACUGAGUGUGUGAUCAUAAGACAGAGGACAACAAAAAUUACUCGAAUUAUGCUCGCAAUGAGAUUCCAUCGGUAUUUCAUCCACAUACGUAUAAUUGAGAAAAAAAAAACAGUUUUCUACGUUUACUUGGACAUUCUGUGAAUGUUCUGCUGUUGGUAACGAAGUAUCAAUCCAUAAAUAUGUAAAUUCGUAUAUACAUACACGUUAUUUUAUUCUUUUUUUGGUGUGUAAAAGUUUCAUGGGUACUGUGUUGUCUAGGACACUGUUUCUUCGAUCGAUUAUUAAUAACGAGUUAUUCGUUGUAGUUUACAAAUUUUAUAGGGUAUUGUGAAUGAGUAUAGUUAGUUGAUUUAUUUCGAAAAUAAUUAUAAAUAAAUAGAAAAUCAUGGUAUAUCCCACCAAUACCAAUAGGCAUACUUUCCUAGUUAAGUAAAAACCGCUGAGUAAAUAACAUUACUUUUGCUAAUCGGAACAAAUUUUUAUCGCCAAUAGAAUUAUUUAUGGAAAAGGUUGCUGACUAUUUGCGAUUAAGGGACAAUAAUAAUUGGAGCGUACGAGGAACAAAUGUUUGAUCGAUACUCUUGCAAUCAGUCCUGGCUAGUGGAAGAUUCUUAAUUUUCUUCCCCCUCGAGGCUCCUCUGCUUGAUGAUUCGUUGCUUCGGAAUGUCGAGAAACUGUUCAAUCCGCUGUUUUAAUGAGAGAGAGAUCGUCGGGUGCAGCAAUGUCGUCUCGUAAUAUAUCAACAGCCUUUUGCAAAAUAAAUGAAUUGCUCCCAUAAUCCUGUAAAAUAUGCUGUUUUUUAAAAUAUCAAGAGAAUUUCAAUAAAUUCAGCAUUUUUAUAGCUGUAUGAAUUUUCAAAUUGAUACCCGAGAGUCUGGCUGCUCCAACGUCGAGUCAGGGUCUUUGUCGCGACAGUUCCGCCUCUCAAUUUCCACGUUUGUACAGUACCAUUCGUAUAAAAUGAGACCUGUGCACACGUUUAUGAUCGAAUGAUAAUCGGCGGGCCAUUUUAAAUUGUCAUUAUUUCAAUCUUUUUUCGUAUUCUGUUUUUUUUUUUUUUUUUAAGCGUAUUCUCACCCUUUUUCUGACAAUCUCCGCAACCGAGAUUAUCCAAAAGGUGUACCAGCUCUUCGCAAUAUUUUGUUUUGGUACGAAGCUCUGCGUCUGAUAAAUCUGUAAUAUAGUAAGAGUAAUAAUUAAGACUAAAUAUUAAAUGAAUAAAUCGAUUAUUGAAGCA